AUUUUCUCUUGAUGCGGAGUGUUACGCAUACACAUCGUCAUCAGUCCUUUACACCAUCGCACACGAAUUAGGGACCGAGAGUAAGUACUCAUGAAUAAGUAGAAAGUAUCGAGUUGCACUAGUGCUUCCACUACGACUAACAGGAUGGCGAUGCAAAACUUGUCUGGAGCCCAAUCCAAAGCCCUCGAGUUACGGCCGCUGUCAAAUUCCUUGGAGUUACAGUGAAAACCUGGAAUACUCUUAGGGAAUACGAGGAAAGUGAAUAGUUUAGCGCCUGUAACUCCUCGGAAGCGUCUCUGCACUUGCGUUCUCUAAUAUGUGAUCUGGGAAAAAUCAAGGGCUACAGUGCAACCGGACCCAUUUACGUUAUGGCAAUAUAUGAAUUCUAUACAUCAACUGAUCACUAUCUACAGCAGCUACACUCUUCUUUUUAAAUAGGAAGAGGGUAGUAGUAUCAUUUUUAAUUUGAAGUCUUCGCGUCAUCCUCAUCUAUGAUCGAUGGAUGCGUCGUCAACUACCUCCUUGCAAUCACGCGCCCUUCCUACUUGGUCUUCGCUAAUUCCACCUGGUCGCCGUGUAUUCUGCAAGGCGGCGUAUUCACUCUUUUGGGAGGCCAGACGCCUGUACUAAAUUUUUUGCUCGUUAGAUUGAUUUUGUUGCUUGGAUCAGAUCCAUGACUCAAUCGAGCCUGUGACUUUAGAUAAUAGCUUUCAAGUAGAACUUUACUGGGUGGAGUUAGCCUAAGUCAUACUUAGAGCUGGAAGCUCGGAUUUCUUUAGAUCUUGUCUUUAGAUUUUUUAGAUUUACAACAACAUCGUCAUCAGAUCGAGCGUUUACAGCCGGUUUUGCAUUCCACGACGAGAUGCAUCAUCGCGCUGUGCUACCUCCGCCCGUCGCUUGCCAAGUGGAUUCUCACCCGCGAUGGAUGUGAGAAGGCUAUUGCAUUUUGCAGCAGCUUGUUACGGGAACAGGAUCCAUCUCCUUAAUCAUUCGGUAUGUCUUACUUUUUAUCCCUUUUCUCAUUGCGAGUCAACCCUCCUGAGCCCUAAUAUCGUCUUCUAAUACUCUUGGUUGGAGACCCGAAGCCAGUGGAUAUGGCUGCGAAAUACGAGGCGGUUGGAAUCUUGCGCUUUUUCCUCAAAAAAAAUGAAUAGUUGAUACUACUUUACUUUGUUUCAAGUAAAGGCAAGCAUCUCCAUCUUCUUCCUUUUCAUCCACAUCGUCAAUCCUCUUCAGCUCGCCCAGAAGUUGAACUUUGUCAUUGAUGACGUUAUGGAGCUGACGUCGCUAAAAGUGCAGGAGAUUACGGAUUUACCGUUAUGGUGCAUCGUCAGUUAUUAUACAUCAGAGAAAACACGAAACACGCACAGCAGGGCUUUCCUAGACAGACUAUAGGUCCCUUUUCAGUCCUCUAAUCACUGCGGCCACUUGCGAAUUGAUGAUGGAGGGAUGCAGUAUUGUUUGGAGCAGAUUUUCAAUUUCAAGCUUGCUAUUUUCAGAUGACAAACUACAACAACACUGACCAACCCACUCAUCUUUCUUACUCGCUCGACAAGUAAGCAAAAUACAGCAUGUCCCUCCUUCUCCUGACGGGAUCGAGACCACUGAGUUUGAACUUGCACUAGGUCACGUGAUGAAAAGCGAGAAACGCAUUGCCGAUACUUAUGGCAUAUGAUCCAUCCACUCCCCACAUUCUAUCCACAGAGAUCGCCUGAGGCUGUGUAAACUACUACUGUUUCCUAGUCGUUGCUACUUAUAUAAUAGCUCUUCUUCGUCUAAGUUGUCAAGCGCCAGGAGGAGCUGCGCAAGCGCAAGAAAGACGAGGAAGAGGCUGAGAAAGAGGCGCAGCGCAAGCUGAAGGCGGCUAAAAAAGAAGAAGAGCGUGAGGCGAAAGAGGAGAAAAAGGCAGCGGAGAAAAAGGCUCUGAAGGAGAAGGUCAAGCAACUGCUGAAGGACCAACAAGCUGGAGGCGAAACGAACGUACUAAGAAACUGCUUUCUUCCAUGGAACAUGACGUAGCAUACUGAAGUCGGACAUAAUUCGUAGUAUUUACUUUUUCGUCGGAGUCAACGUAUUCUGUCAACGUAUCCACACCAAUCUCAUACCUUGUCAGGUCAAUGCCAUCACUGGUGGCGCGAUCGUCAACAGCGCGGACGCCAAGAAGACCGACAACAACAACAACGCGGCCAAUUCCUCUAACGCUGGUAUGCCCGAAGCUAGCAACGCUCUGAGUUUGCUUGGCAUGAUGGCUGGCGCUGCUAGCUCUGAUGAUGAAGAUGAUUCAUCAAGCGACUCGAGCAGCGAAUCCGAUUCCUUGGAUUUCUUCCAGAUGGUAACUAUACUCAUUUUUUUCAUAAGUAGCUUGAUUACUCUAGGAGCUAUUGUUACAACACGCAAUAGAUAUACAACGACGAUCUCUAUGGUAGUUUGAUACUUAGCGUUAUGAUCUCAAGUUCAUGUAUAAUCACUGAGUCGACAUAUACCAAUACCUCGAACAAGGUCCAGUACCAGGCGGAUGCCAUGAAAGUUGAGCACGGUGGAAAGGGAUUCAACACGAUGCAAGCCAUGCAGACUGUCGGUGUCAAAGUGGAUGAAGUAGUAGCUCGUAUCUUUAUAGGAGGAUGACGCUGUUGAUGUAGAUCGAGUUGCAUUGAUGAGGAUCAUGAUCGAUGUGUUUCUGUGCAUUAUUGUGUCUGUGUAUGAUUUUCAAGUUCAACUAUAGCUUUAAGCUAAAUCUUAGUCACCUAUCCUAUCGUCUCCUAUCCUAUAACCAGGUUGCUCCCUCCGUGGACCAAUCCAAGCUAUUGGGAGUCUAAAACACACCGGAGUUUGACCAGAAAAAGAAGCAGUUGCCGGAGUAUUGUUGUUUUUUAUCUAUUUCUUGUUUUUUAGUUUUAACCUCGUAGUCGUUGAUUCGUGGAGGCAUUAGAUUCUAUCUAAAAGUUUACCCAAAUCUUAUACCAUGUGACCUGGGUUGAGAGUAGAUCUUCUUUUGAGUUCUCUAGUCAAAGCAGUCACUUUAUCUCCCAUCUUGGUCAAUUCAUUUCAGGACGCCCGAAAGCCUCAAAGCCGACAUGAUUUUUCAAAAGACGCUUGAGGUCCAGUAAGAAAAGGAAAAGAUCAACGAGCAACUGGUUGAAUUGCAGAAGCGCAAGCAAAAUUAUGGCCUACGAUCAUUCGAGGAUCCAAGUUUUUCAAUGAGCGUGUUUUUAACUGAUUCCCUUCCCUGACAUAGAUUAUCUUUCUUUCAACCUAGGACAUCCACAACAAACUUACAUCUUUCUUUCAACCUAAUCGCGUUCCAUUCGCUAACAGCAGAUCGAUAAGGCGAAGGCCAAGAUGUUUGGCACGGCGACCAAGAAAGCCAAGUCGACGACUAAGACGACGACUAAGAUGAAGACCAAGAAGAAGCAGGAGAAACCGGCCGGCUCGAAGAAGGCAGCACAAUCGAAGAAGGCUGAAGGCACCUCCAGCAGCAGUAGCAGUUCGGCUACGACCGCGCGCAGCGUGGUCGAGAAGGCGAUCGUCAUCAAGGGCGAGAGCGCCUAAGCGAUCACGCUAGAUGUGAUGUGGAAGCAGGUAGUCGUGGCGGAAAGAUGAGUGAGUAAAAGGAGGUGGAAGAUGUGGUAUCUUGAUAGGGAGCGAAGUUUGUGUCGAACAGUGGGGAGUUACUUUUAACUAGUGAAGAGUGUUGUCUCCAGGAGUUCUUGAUAUGUCAAAAAUCCAUAUUAGAAAAGUCGACUGCAUUCCAGAAUCAGACUUACUGCACUGAGUUUGAGUGUUAGGUUCUUCGACAUCGUUGUCUCUGAUCUAGUCGCGUGGUUCUUUCAAGAUGUAAAUUUUGAAUUAUAAUCCCGAAGAUUUUGACUCUCAGUGAGAAUGUUAAAAAAAAUUUUGUUUUUGAAUUGAUUUUAUGUUCUUAAUGAUAUUCAAGAUGUAAAAAACUAUAGAAGUUCUUCAUCUUGAUAAGAUGUGUUAUCUCAAUGAUAGUGAUACUAUGAUUGAUCUUCAUACUGUGACGUAGAGAAUAGUACUACAACUAAUUGCUCGCUAACUUAAUUAGGAUUUAUGAGGAAGUAUUAAAGUUUUCGCUUUCAGUUCUUGCGGUGCAAAUAUUUCAUUAUUACGAUUCUAUAUUUUCAUUUACAAUUUUUCACAACUUCCUUGAUAUAAGACCAGCGUCUCCAUGGCGUUGGUCGAAGAUUUUCAGCCUCGACCUCUGUGAUCGUGUCAGUAACUGCCCUACAUCAGUUGUUGUCACAAGCAUUUCUAACGAAUUCAUGUAGGAUCUAUUAGCUGUUGACGCAUUUUAAUGAACGUGAUGAAGCCUGCUCUUGAAUAUGGACGGAUCGACGUAGUGGAGCGUGCUGAAGUAAUUAUUAUAUUAACCUUACCACCUCCACUAGCAUACGUAGCCGCUCACAUUUGAGAGAAAGACUCAUGAUGGUGGACCGUUGAGAAUACAAGCGUUGCAGUAUUCGAAAUUGAACAACGAAAAGUGCUCCACUAAAGCUGUAAUCAGAGGAGGAAAAAGAGCUACACACGAAAUUUUUCUUGCUACUCGAAGUAGCCAUGAUAUGCAUUAUUACUCUAUGACUGACUUCAUCGGAUCAGACUGCUCAUCCAGCGCACUGCCCUCCUGAAAAAAUUG